AUGCAGUUCAGUCACUACUCCGCAGACUUCCAGUUCUGCACAAACAGCCCCAUUUUGGAAAGCGAGGAGUUCGGCGCCGCUGACGGAGAGCAGAUGUCCCAGGUGCGUUCCCCGAGUUCGGGGCCGUCCAGCCCGUUGUCUGUGAACUCGGACUCCAGCUGCACCAGCCCCGAACCCACAUCUGCUGCCGGACAGCAGAGGGUCAGGAGGCCCCUCAACGCCUUCAUUAUCUGGACCAAAGAAGAGCGCCGGCGGCUGGCACAGCUCAAUCCAGACCUGGAGAACACCGACCUGAGCAAAAUACUCGGGAAAACCUGGAAGGCCAUGUCCUUGGCUGAAAAGCGCCCCUACAUGCAGGAGGCUGAGCGUCUAAGAGUCCAGCACACCAUCGACUAUCCUAACUACAAGUACAGGCCCCGCAGGAGGAAGAACCUCAAGAAGAACUCCAAGCCUACACAAGCAUCUUCACCGUCUUUAUACAGCUCAGGUGUCGGGCCCCACUACAACCUCACCUACCUGCUCCAGAAUCCCCAGCAGACUUUCCCAAACACACACACCUUCCCAAAUUCCUCAGCUAACUUCACUGCUUUGCACAGCAGCUACACAAACACCCCUGACUUGCCAGACCAAGCAGAAGAAGCAGCAGUCCUAGAUAAUCCUGUCAUGUACUCAAACCUUCCUGCAUGUGCUGCAGAGGCUCAGGUGUAUUUUGACACUCAGCAGGAGCAGAUGCAGGAAGUUUUCUCCACUUCUGCAGGCCCCAUUGAGAAUCAGAGGGAGUUCAGGGUCCAUGGGGGUCCACAGUGCCAUCCUGGGCCCCCCCUGGAGUUCUACCUGGAACAGAUUCAGGCAGACAUGCUGUAUGAUCUGGAUCCCAGUGAGUUUGAACAGUACCUUCGUCCAAGUCGCCAAAGGCCUGAGUCAGUGAAUCCCAGCAGCUACCAAGAGCAAAACAGCCACAGAGUGGUGCUGUCAUGA